AUGUGUAUAGCUGUGUUCGAAUGGCAAAAUCACCCAAUUUACCCGCUCCUUCUGUUGUUCAACAGGGACGAGUUUAAAAGCAGGCCAACAAAGCCUUUGGCAUGGUGGGAAGGAGGGAAGAUCUUAGGGGGAAGAGAUGGGCUGGCAGGAGGGACAUGGCUGGCUUGUACCAGAGAUGGCAAGGUGGCUUUUAUCACAAAUGUUAGAGAAGUUGAGAAACUUGCUCAAGCUAAGAGCAGAGGGGACCUCCCAGUUCGGUUCUUGGAGGGCAAAAAGAGUGCCAUGGAGUUUGCUGAGGAAGUUGCGGAGGAGGCAGGUCAGUACAAUGGGUUUAAUCUGAUCUUGGCUGAUAUUUGCUCCAAGGCCAUGGUUUAUGUAACCAACAGACCAAAGGAGGACAAAAGUUUUGUCACCGAGGUCUCACCUGGGAUUCAUGUACUGUCAAAUGCAAAGCUUGAUUCUCCUUGGCCUAAGGUUCAACGACUAGGCGACAGUUUCAAAGAGCUAUUACGCGAACACAGUGGCGACAAUGAUCUUCCGAUGAAAGAAAUGGUUGAAAAACUGAUGAUGAACACGAUUAAAGAUGAUGAAGAAAGCUUGCUGCCUCACGUUUAUCCUCCAGAACUGGAAUACCAUUUGAGUUCCAUAUUUGUAGAAAAAGCCCCUCAGCUGGGACAUUAUGGCACCAGAAGCACAUCAGCAUUGUGUGUGAAGACAAGUGGGGAAGUUAUCUACCAUGAGAGAUAUCUGGAAAAUGAACUGUGGAAAGAAGGGACAGUAACUUAUCACAUGGACACGGACAGAGGAGAAGAAGAAAAAUAG